AUGAUAACUUUAUCUUCUACUGUGGACGAGGAAUCCGCCUGUACUUCCUUUCAAACAGCUCAAUUUUCACAGAAUACUGCCCAGUUACCAGAAAGAUACAUCAAGAAACUUAUUGAAACUGGCAAGGGAAGUGUAUUGAAUAUUGGUAAAAGUGAAGAAUCGAGAGAAAGGGAUCUAGAAGCAGCACUGAAUUGGAUACGACAAGAAAUUAUGUUGAUGAAAGAACAAGACAAGUUUCUGUUAAAACAGUUUAUUAACCUACGAACCACCAUUUUACAAUUACGGUGCAUGUACGAACUGCACAGCUCUCAGAGUGACGUCAGUAGUAUAGAUGGAAGUACUUGUUCUUUAAGUAAAGUCCGGAGUAGAUAUCGCAGGUCUGAUAAACACGUUGUCAAGCCACAUGUACCAUCAAUCAAAUUUGGAAAAUCUCGAUCUUCUACAGCCAUAAAAUAUGAUUCAUCAUCAUCAACAUCAUCAGUUUCUGUUAGUCCCUCCAAAUCUAGUGCCAGUAAAACACCACAAACCGUCACUAAUAUAGAAUAUGAUGAAUUACCUAGUAAAUAUAGACGUAAACCUAUUAGUGCUGAAGAAAUGGAAUAUAUAGAGAAAGGAGGUCCAGUUUGAUAUUAGUUAAUUAGUUAAAGACAAUAAUUAUAUAAUGUUGUUAAGAUUGGAAAAUUACAUGUGUUAAAUGGCUUCAAGAUACUAUUUCAAGAAUAUAAUGUGCCAAAUGGUUGAAUAUUUCCUGGAACUUUGUAUUAAUUGGUUCUAAGUACAGUGUCUCUACUCUUGUUACCAUGGUGAAAUAAGUACAAGUAGAGAAAAUCUCUUCUGAAUCUUCCAAUGUCUGUUCGAAGUUUUAUAUAAAUUGUCAAAAAAUAAACAAAAAAAUUUAAUAAAAUGUGAAAUGUGUAUUAAAAUUAUCUGAUAUUAAGUUGACUGGCAAUAUUGGCGACAAGAGUCUUGUCAAGAGUUUCACUAACCGGCUGCAGGCAACAUGAGAAGACAAAAAUCUUCAUUCAGUUGUUUCCCACUAUGUCAUUAAUCACAUUCAGAUCAUGCAGUUGAAAGAAAAAUUGAAAUCUGAUUGAAUGAUAAUGCUCUGUCCUGCAGACAAUAAAACAAUCAGUGACAAAUAUCAAACUGGUUUGACUUCUAAUCCUGUCGGCAACGCGAUAAUCUUGUCAUGGAAGUGCUGAAAUUUUACUCAAGAUUUGCGUUGGUGACAAAGACUGUUUAUGUGCCCGCAGCAUUAAGUGAUCUAACAUUGGAUGAUUUGUAGUAUUUAAAGUAACCAUUAAAUAUUUUAAGAAGAUUUGGCAUCUUUAUGAAUAGUCUUGGAAAUUAAGUUGUCAUCUACCAACCAGCCAUGUUUCACUUUUUCACGAUUCGAGUUGCCAUUAAACAAUAAAAGCAACAAAAUAUGCAUAUUAUAUUUGACAAGUUUAUCUAUUUUGAGCCUAGCCUUCAAAAGGAUUAACUUUGUCAUGUCUUGAAUGAAGCAUUGUUAUAUUGAAAUGAAAUAUGUAUGUAAAUGAUUUGUUUGAAGAAAGUUUAUGUGUAAUAUUUUUUUUUUUCCUCUUAAAUCCAACAAAGGAAUUAAGGAUGUUUCACUAGUACUAUUUAUGUGCAUCAAACACAUACAGCUUCUAUUCACACCUCUCCAAUUUUUCUCAUAUCUUAUAAAAUAAAUGAGCAAAUUUAGUUUCUGAAUCCAGGUAGAAGUUGUAAAACAAACAGUUUCAUGGGGUAUCUUUUGACAUACAAAUUAUAAGUAUGGAAAU